AUGGGGCCCCCCCCAGGAGGGUCCGAGGCCCGCCUGGAAGCCGAGACCCCCGACUGCCCGCGAGGGCCCGGAGGCCGAGGGAAGGAUCCGGAGCAGCCCCCCGGAGUCCGCCAGAGCCUCCUGGAGCGCCCCAGAGCCCCCUGUAGUCCCCUGGAACCCCCCAGAGCCCUUGGAGUCCCCCGGAGUCCCCCAGAGACCCCUGGAGCCCCUGGAGUCCCCUGGAGCUCCCCAGGGCCCCCUGGAACCUCCCAGAGCCCUUGGAGUCCCCCAGAGCCCCCUGGAGUCCCCCAGAGCCCCCCUAGAUUCCUCCAGAGCCCCCCAGAGCCCCAGCCUGGCGGGAAGGCCAAGGAGGAGACUUCAGGGGCUGCCUCUGAGGCCCCGGCGGUAGCCCGGCGCGCCCAUGAGGCCAGCGGCCAGAGCGUGGCCGCCGACCCCCUCCCUCGGCCUCUCCCAGAUGGGCCGCCCUCGUUGCCAGGCUUCAGAAGGGCACGGAAGGACGGAGGAGGACGGACAGCCCGGGGAGGGCGCUGUUGCCCACUGCCGCCCGGGGAGAGCCCCGUCCGCCUCGCCCUAGUUCCGCCACGGCGGGCAGCAGCACCCCAGAAGGCUCCACCAGGGAGCCGGAGGGAGGCAGGACCCGAAGAGGCGGACAUGGAAGGCUGCGCCUGCUGGGCACCUGCUGGGGCGAAGAACGCGGAAGGGGAGAGUCGGGGUCGGGGAGGCCCCCGAACGGCCGAGAGGCGAGUCCCUGUGGAGAAGGCCGACGGGAAGACGGGCCCUGGCGAAGGGCUCUGA